AUGGGAAUACCCUGCACGGCCAUCAGGCCCCCCGUUCUGGAGGAUUUGCAAAAGGCGAGCUCUAAAGCUCCUAAAUUGUGCGACAAUCCACUGGAAGAGGAAGAACUUAUGAAAAAAUGGUUCGAAAGUGUACCUUUGUCCCUAGGUACUGUGAACCUUCCAAGAAAUACCACAUCUCACAAGAGAAUCGGCAGAAUGGGAGAGGUUUCGCUGAAAGGACACGAGAGGAGUGCGGAGUAUAUUCGCCCAAGACAGGCGGUCCUCCGGGCAGAAGGGGCUGGAGGAGAGCGGAGACCAGCCGGAGCAUUAAUCACCAAUAACUUUAUUCCCCGUUCUGUAGGAUCCGCAUCAGAUAACAGAGUCCCCUGCCUUCUUGCGCAAUCUUAUGCCAAACCUGAUCCCCUUAGGAGGGAUAAGCGUAUCCUAGACAUAGACAGCCAUGCAGACCAUUCGACCUCCGAUCCGGACAUACCAAGAAUGGAACGGGCAUGCGAGAGCCACACAUACCGCCGUGUUCUUUCAGUCAGUCGCUUAGCCAGACAUUAUGAUCACUACAUAUUGACGUAUGUCGUAGAGCUAGCUUACACAGUCCCAUACAUACGUAACACAAUAGGACUAAUAACUGGACCCAACAAGACGCCUACACUAAUCGAGCCGUUACGUAACGAUGAUGAUUCUGCUGCACACAUACAGAUAGGUCAGCGCACCUGA